UUCAUACCGAACAACAUCACUGCUACAAUCCAUUCGGCCCAACUUUUCCAUCUGCUCAUGUUCUGACAACCCUGAACGUCAAGCACGUUUCAAGAUCCCCACCAGCCAAUCAUCGUCGAUUAGUCACCGCCAAGCUCCUACACCCAAUGCCUCAUCACCAUCCAGGCAACGUUCUCGAAGCCGCCCAGCAUCUCCGUGCGCAAAAUCCUCCAAAGCACUUCAUCUGUGAAAACCACCAAAACACCAAGAAUCCAUCUACAGCAACCAUGACAAUGAUAACAUCACCCACAUCCUCAUCGGCGUCAGACCACAACACCUCCGAUACCGCCGCGACGAGAGGCGGCCGCAGGUCACGCGUUUCAGCAGAGCACACGUUGAAUCGCGUGCGCGAGAAUCAGAGGCGACAUCGCGCGAGACAGAGGGAUCAUGUUGCGAGUUUGGAGCAGAAGCUCGCUGAAACUGAGAAAUUGCUUGAGGAGGCGAGGGCGGAGAUUGCCGUUUUGAAAGCUGGGGGAUGUGUGACGGGCGAGCAGCAGCAGGGACUACAACGACAGGACAUCAGCAACGAUCAAGGCGGAGAAAGAGAAAGAUUUGUAGAGGGAGACGAUGUGGAUAUAUCGACAUGUACAAGUCAAGAGAUGCCAGGAGUAGGAACGACGUCCAGUCAGCAAACCUCCUUGCUAGCCCUCACAUCCAUCCAGCCAGAUCGGCUCAUCGACCCACAACUAGCAAGCUACCCUGAUGUCCACGUCCCAGACAUGAGCGACCUUUCCUUCCUGAGCGGAUCUUCUUUCUACCUGCCGUCGCCGUCGUCUACGCAGUCAAACAUCUCGUUACUAUCUCCAACGUCAACUUCAACAUCCACCAAAGACCCAUCCCUCGACAGUCAUCUCACAGUCACCAACACAACAACCCUCACGAUUACCGGCCCCCCACCCUGCUGCAACGAUCCGCCAACUCCAACCUCGCCACCUCCAACAAACACCCUAGAAUGCUCAUCCUGCUCCACCAAGCCCCCACCCUCUCCCUCAGAAAGCACAACCCUCUGUGCCCAAGCCUUCGUCAUGAUAGGGCAGCAGAACUUCCGCAACCUCGAUCCGGAUACGAUAAGGCUUUGGUUGGCGCAGGGGUUGAGGCGCGCGCAGAGGGAGGGUGAGGGGUGUAGAGUUGAGAAUGGUGCGUUGUUGAGGUUGUUGGAUUUUAUUAGUGGGUUAUGAGGAAAUGGAUGCGGGGAGUAGUAUAGGAUGGUGAUUGUGGUGUUUCUUCUGUUGCAGAAGGGAUUGUAGAGUAUUUAGUGGGAUUGCUCCAGGGGAGUAUAAGGGAUUUGGCGUAGGGUGUUUGGCUUGUUUCUUCCACGUAUCCGUGAGAAGGCCGGGUUUGAAUGGGGAGAAACUUAGCGAAGAUGUAUACUUUGAACUUUUGCAUCGAGUCUGCUCCGCACAUAGCUCAGUUUCUCUAACACAAUACAUGUACCCAUGUUCAUGUCAUCCCAAUUC